AGUUGGUUAGUAUAGACUCGUAUCGACUUUUCGCAGGUAAUCACUUUAGUUUAACGGCAUGACGAUCUCACGCCAUCAGGAACCGCAUGUGUGGUUCUUCACAGAUAUCCCUCAUGAGUUCCGCGAUUGCUUACAACUGCGCUCUAGACGACCAUUUCGAGUGUAGACGAACAUUCCCUCGGUCAGAUAGUAGUUUGCAAUGCGGAAGGUAGCGACAACUAUAUAACUCAGCUAUCACUCUGUCAAAUACCUCAGCAACCAGCCAGCAGCUUUUCUACUAUCCAAAGCAUCUUACUGACAAUCACACUGUCUUUUCACAAAUUUCACCCUCCAACUCAACUCUCCACUAUGGCCGCACCGAAGAAUCAAGCCGCAUGGCUCGCCAAAGCCGACACGCCCCUUGAGGUAUCUAACGCCCCAAUGCCCACAGCCGGCCCCGGCGAGAUCGUAGUGAAGAACGCUGCAAUCGCCAUCAACCCGCUCGACUGGCACAUGCAAGAUUACGGUGUGUUCAUCCAACAGUGGCCUGCGAUCUUUGGGUGCGAUGUAGCUGGUGAGGUGUAUAAAACAGGACCGGACGUGCAGCGCUUUAAGAAGGGGGAUCGUGUUAUUGGGCAUACCAUCAAUCUUAUCAGUGGCCGUGCUCAAGAUGGCGCUUUUGCGCUGUACACUACUCUUCAGGCCGACAAAGCGGCUAUCCUCCCCCAUACCAUCUCCUUCACGGAUGGGGUCGUGGUGCCGCUUGCUCUGGAGGCCACAAUCUGUGCGCUUUCUCUCAAGAUACCCGGCGUAGCGAUGCCCGGUGUCGCCACACCAGCACUUGGGUUGCCAUACCCUUCGCUAGAAGACCCAGUGCAGUCAGUAGGCAAGACGCUUGUGGUUUACGGCGGCUCUUCUUCCGUCGGAUCCAUGGCGACUCAGCUGGCGACAGCUGCCGGAAUUCAUGUCAUCGCUAUCGCGGGUGCGCACAACUUCGACCUCAGCAAGCGUUGCGGCGCGGCUCAAGUCUUCGAUUACAAGGAUGCCUCGUUUGUCGACAAGGUUGUCGAAGCAGUUCGCAAAUCUGGACAUGAGUUCGUUGGCAUCUUCGACACCAUUAGCAUUCCCGACACCUACAGUAACGACCUUGCCAUUCUUGCCAAGCUAGGUGGAGGUCACCUUGCUUGCUCGCAUCCUCCACCCGAAGACGUGCCAGCGAACGUGAAGGCGGGUAUGGCAUUUUGUGUUAACGAGAUUGCGACACCAGUCUGGAGGGACUAUGUUACCCCUGCGUUGCAGGCUGGAAAGCUCCAGUGUCUUCCACCGCCUACUGUUGUUGGGAAUGGCCUAGAGUACAUCCAAGAGGCGCUCAAGAAGUCAAAGGCGGGUGUAAGUGCAACGAAGCUGGUGGUAACCGUGUAGUGGUGGAUUGUAGUGAGCAAAGAGACAAAUUUCCUGGUAUGGACAGACAGAAUUAGUAGCAAAAAGCCAUUCCUUUUG